AGCCCUGGCAGGCAGGCAGGCAGGCCACGAGAGGUGGAUAUUGGGAACUCUCUCGCCGUCGUCGGCCAUAGUGAAAAAUGGCGGGUGUUAGCUUACGUGAAUGACGACGACCGUGCUCUCGACCGAAGGAGCUUUUAUUGUUCGCACAGUCGCGGAAAAGGGAAAUUAAUCGAGUGUUAACGAGUGUGUGCUUCGUCCCCCGCGGUACGGUUCUACCAGCGGGGAUAAACUGGUGUGUCAUAUAUGAUUUAUCUGGGGGCUAAAGAUGCAGAAUGUAGCACAAGGAACGACCUCGGAUAGCCAGAAGAGCCACGAGAAGCCGUCGGCGGCGACGGCGGCAUCCGCGGUAGCGGCAACAGCGGCGUCGGCGGCGGCGGCGGCAGUGGCAGCGGUGGCAGCAGCACCACCGCCGCCACCACCACCGACAUCAUCGUCGUCCUCGGUGUCCUCGUCGGCGAACGUCCACCACGACACCGGGAAGACGUCGUCGACUCCCCAGUCGUCGACGUCGAGCCCCACGAAGUCGGAGACCGAGACCUUCUCCGAGCUGCAGCCGCGCUUUAUGACAGACUCGUCGGAGAGCGAGGAGGACAGCGUCUCCGAGGUGGAGUGCUUCGCGAUCGAUCAGGUUGAACUGGACGAAGAUCAUCCCGACUCGUCGAAAUUCCUGUUGACCCCCGACGAUCCGGAACGUUCCGUGGACCCCGAGACCCAGGCGCGUCUCGAGGCGUUGCUCGAAGCGGCCGGCAUCGGGAAGCUGUCGUCGGGCGAUGGGAAGCACCUGCCCGACCACGAAGUGCUGCGACGAUUAACGUCGAGUGUGUCUUGUGCGUUGGAUGAGGCUGCGGCAGCGCUAACACGUAUGCGUAGUGACAAUCCGCGUACGCCGAACGAAAAGCGCUCUCUCGUCGAGGCGUGCACCGACGGAGACGUCGGCACCGUUCGGAAGUUGUUAACGGAGGGCCGAAGUGUCCACGAGACCACCGAGGAGGGAGAGAGCCUGCUGUCACUAGCUUGCUCAGCUGGUUACUACGAACUUGCUCAGGUACUCUUGGCGAUGAACGCUAAUGUAGAAGAUCGCGGCAUCAAGGGGGACUGUACCCCUUUGAUGGAAGCUGCUAGUGCAGGGCAUGUAGAUAUCGUGAGUUUGCUGAUUGCUCAUGGGGCCGAUGUAAACGCUCAGUCUACAUCAGGCAACACACCUCUCAUGUACGGAUGUGCCGGUGGACACGAAGGGGUUGUGUGUGCCUUAUUAAAUGCCGGCGCCAAUGUUGAGGAUCACAAUGAGAACGGUCAUACACCUCUGAUGGAAGCGGCGAGUGCUGGGCAUGUUCAAGUCGCCAAGAUCUUGCUUGACAACGGGGCCGGCAUCAAUACUCAUUCCAAUGAAUUUAAAGAGUCCGCAUUGACCUUGGCCUGCUAUAAGGGACAUUUGGAAAUGGUCCGCUUUUUGCUAGAAGCUGGCGCGGAUCAGGAGCAUAAAACCGAUGAGAUGCAUACCGCCCUUAUGGAAGCAUCGAUGGAUGGUCAUGUGGAAGUCGCUCGUUUACUUUUAGAUUCAGGUGCCCAAGUAAACAUGCCGACGGACAGUUUCGAGUCGCCAUUAACAUUAGCUGCCUGUGGAGGUCAUGUGGACUUAGCUAUGCUUCUUAUCGAACGUGGAGCGAACAUCGAGGAAGUUAACGACGAAGGUUAUACGCCACUGAUGGAAGCGGCGCGCGAGGGUCAUGAAGAAAUGGUUGCUUUACUUUUGAGCCAGGGUGCCAACAUCAAUGCCCAAACUGAGGAAACUCAGGAAACGGCGCUUACCUUGGCUUGUUGCGGAGGUUUCUUGGAAGUUGCCGAUUUUUUAAUCAAGGCGGGAGCGGAUAUCGAGCUGGGCGCAUCCACCCCUCUAAUGGAGGCUGCUCAGGAGGGACAUUUAGAUCUUGUUCGAUAUUUACUCGAAUCUGCGGCGGAUGUGCACGCUCAAACGCAGACGGGAGAUACGGCAUUGACAUAUGCAUGCGAGAACGGUCACACUGACGUUGCUGACCUUUUAUUGCAAUUUGGCGCUGAUCUAGAACAUGAAUCAGAAGGAGGUAGAACUCCACUGAUGAAGGCUUGUAGAGCGGGCCAUUUGUGCACGGUUCAAUUUCUCAUCUCUAAGCGCGCUGAUGUCAAUCGACAAACAACAAACAAUGAUCACACGCCGCUCUCGUUGGCGUGCGCUGGUGGUCAUCUGGCUGUGGUUGAGCUGCUUCUUGCACAAUCUGCAAAUCCAUUUCAUAAGCUAAAAGACAACUCCACUAUGCUGAUAGAAGCGGCAAAGGGGGGUCACACUCCUGUUGUUCAACUAUUAUUGGACUAUCCUCAUAGCAUUAUGAUGAGUGCUCCUCAUAGUGCUGCACCUGCGCCCAUGUUAUUACCACAGCAGCAGCAACAGCAGCCGCCGCCACAACAACAACAACAACAACAACAACAACCACCACCACCACAGCAGCAGCAGCAGCAGCAACCACAACCGCAGCCACAGCCGCAGCAGCAACAGCAGCAUAUAAUUCAUCAACAACAUGUACCUCACUCCCAGCAGACGUCUACGCAACCACAGCAACAUCCGCAACAACAACAACAGCAGCAACAACAAACCGCCGAGCAACAACAAGCGCAAAAUCUUCAACCCAAACACAAUACGCAAAAGUCAUUGUUGAGAAAGAAUCGAUCAGUGACUAUGAUGCCCGAUAUGAGCCUUACUUCUGCCGAAGCGCAACAAGUUCGUUCGCAGCCCGCAGGAGAAUCAACCACUACUACCAAGGACGAUACCAAUAUUCUCGAUAAAGGCAGUGGGGGUUUUACAAGUUUGUCAGAACCUAAUAUUAGUCUUAGUCCGACGCCAGCAGCGUCAACGCAAGUGAUACAUGUCAGUGAAAGUCGGAAAACUAUAACUAGACAAGAGCAAAUCAUUCAUAAGCAACAAAUACUUGAGGAAUUACAAAGGGUAGAACGAGAACUACAAAUGAAAAGUGCAGGACAUUUGUUUCCUGGUCCGCGAAACUCAAUUAUAAAUCAAUCUCAACAACAACAGCCACAAGAUCCUAGCGAGACAGAAGCAUUGUUACCGGGCAUGCUGAAUAUUGAUUUGCCAGCUCAGUCAACAUCUCCUCAUGGUUUAGUUUGCAAUACAACUGGUAUGUCUGGCGGUUCAUUGACGUAUCCAGGGGCUAACGACGCAGCAUUGGUGUGCAGUGCUUACCUCGAUGGUAAGAUAAUGGGGAUGCAAGCUGCACAGUUCCAGAAAACGCUUUCCGUGGUUCCAACCGCGACGGAAACGUUCCCCACAAAUACAUUUCCUUCCUCGCCUCCUUUGUCUCUUGCACCGUUGCCUGUUACGACCACCACCACUGUGUCACUCAUUAGUGCUACUUCUUCAACAACCACGCCGAGUCCGCCGAGCAUUUCUACCCCUCCAACCGUUAUAGCCGUUUCCCAAUCGCCUAUUACCGCGAGCAGCGACGUUAGCCAAAAUACUGCUAUAAGCGAUCGUCCAAAAGCUAAGCCUGUGUCCAAGAAAGAAGGAAAGAACGUGCGGAAAGCUACGUCCAGCAUGGGGAUGGCAAAGUUGCAGACACAAGCGACUAUAAUGGCUGGACUUCACCAACAAUAUCAGCAGAAGCAACGUCAGCAUCCUUCUUAUCAAGUACAACAGGUUCAACAGCUGCAGCAACUCAACCAGCAACUGCAGCUUCAAUUGGAUCAAGUGCAGAUACAACAGCAAUCGCAGCAGCCGCAAUCGCAACCGCAACAAUCCCACCAACAAACUCAUUCACAGCAACAAACCAACAUAGUUGCUAAUAGUACGGGUAGCAUACUCAUGCCCACUCAAUUGAUGUCGCACUUGCAUCCCACACAUCAUUUGCACAGCCAGCAAACAGCGCAAGAAAAUCUUCCCGAGCAAACGGAUCCUGAGUUAACGCGAAAGUACAGAGAAAGCGCUUGCGCAUUUUUUACUGGCGCUCAGAAAUCUAAAACCUUCAAUCCUAAUGAUAGAGUAUUGAAAUUGGAGGACGGCACGGAUAUUCCUAUCGACGAUGCGUUUGAAAUUUUUCGUUCCAUUAGCUUCGACGACACGGUUGACACAACUGAAGAUCAAGAGAAGCUUGAAUUGAAAAGAUUGGACGUAUCGAAUAAUAAGGAACAACAACAGCAGCAGCAGCAGCAGCAGCAACAUUUACAUACCACCCAAAUAGUUCAACAAGGCGGAAGUCCUCAUGCAUCCCAAGAGUUUUUUACUCCCGUGCUGUCAGUACCUUCGGUUUCUUUACCGGCCUUACCGUCACUACAAGUAACCAGCGCUGGCGUUCAAAUAGAGGCAGACAUAUCAGCGGGCUUACAACUAACAAGUACGCAGUCCUUGCAAAACCCGACGCUGAAGAAUCGUCUGAGAGCCUUCGAAGAAGGCUUCCGCCAGGGUAGUAUACAUUUUCGCGAAUGUAUGCAGCAUAUUACCAGCGAUACUUUCCAACCUCAGUUGCUGCUUCAAUCCUCUCAAAUAACAUUUCCUACGCAAACAUUACCAGCUGUGAGUGGCGCAACGGGAAUAGUAGAUAGUAUACCUCCUCAUCAGUCGAGCAGUUACGUGCAAUCCACAACUUGCAGCACUAAUCAAGUUCAAGUUGCUACCCAGACUCAAGCACCCGCUACUACGACAACCGCGAACGUAGCUACCUCCGAUAAGAAACAAGUGUACACUGCACCGACCACCGGCAAGGGCAAGAAAGCCAGAUAUCCUCUCCUGUCUCAACAACAAUCUUGCCAGCAACAACAAACUGCCAAUGCUCAACAAGCUCCCAAUUUUCCUGCGCAAAAUUAUCAGCUAGAUCCAGCAACAGGUGAGAAUUGUGUCCCGACGGUAGGAGGGUAUGCGUCCAACCAAGUUCCACCCGCUCCGUUCUCGUGUAUGGAUGUUGAUUCAGAAACCGACAGCAAUCAUGACACGGCUUUAACUUUGGCUUGCGCGGGAGGGCAUGAAGAUCUUGUGGAACUUCUUCUAAGUCGCGGUGCAGAUAUAGAACAUAGGGAUAAGAAGGGAUUUACGCCGCUUAUUUUGGCCGCAACGGCUGGCCAUCAGAAGGUAGUUGAAAUUCUACUCAAUCACGGAGCUGACAUAGAAGCGCAAUCGGAACGUACCAAGGAUACGCCAUUGUCACUCGCAUGUAGUGGAGGCAGAUACGAAGUAGUCGAGCUUUUGCUCAAUCGCGGCGCGAACAAAGAACAUCGCAACGUUUCUGAUUACACCCCCUUAAGCCUGGCUGCAAGUGGCGGUUAUGUGAACAUAAUAAAGCUACUACUGAGCCAUGGUGCCGAAAUUAAUUCACGUACUGGCUCCAAACUAGGCAUAUCUCCUCUAAUGUUAGCCGCUAUGAAUGGCCAUACUGCGGCAGUUAAACUACUUUUGGACAUGGGCAGCGAUAUUAACGCGCAAAUUGAGACAAACCGCAAUACGGCGUUAACGCUCGCGUGCUUUCAGGGGAGGCAUGAGGUUGUUAGCCUCCUCCUCGAUCGAAAAGCCAACGUUGAACAUCGAGCAAAGACUGGCUUAACACCAUUGAUGGAGGCCGCUAGUGGUGGAUAUGUUGAAGUUGGGCGUGUGUUACUUACGAAAGGUGCUGAUGUUAACGCGACGCCUGUCCCAUCAUCUCGUGACACUGCCCUUACUAUUGCCGCUGAUAAAGGCCACUGCCGUUUCGUAGAACUUCUAUUAUCGAGGGGGACCCAAGUCGAAGUAAAAAAUAAAAAAGGGAACAGUCCACUAUGGUUAGCUGCAAACGGCGGGCAUCUAAAUGUCGUAGAUUUAUUAUACCAUGCAGGUGCAGAUAUUGACUCGCAAGAUAAUCGUAAGGUUUCCUGCUUGAUGGCUGCCUUCCGAAAGGGUCAUAUCAAAGUGGUGAAGUGGAUGGUGAAUCAUGUAACGCAAUUCCCCAGUGACCUAGAGAUGACAAGAUAUGUAGCGACUGUUAAUGACAAAGAACUUUCGGAAAAAUGCAACGAGUGUGUGAAAGUGAUAAGAGCUGCCAAAGAGACGCAGGCCGCUAAAGCAAAUAAGAAUGCCACCAUACUCUUAGAAGAACUCGACAUGGAAAAGACGAGAGAAGAAUCGAAAAAGGCGGCCGCCGCACGGAGACGAGAGAGGAAGAAAAAGAAAAAGCUCGAGAAGAAGGAAGAGAAGCGCAAGCUGCAUGAGGAGUACAAGAAAAACGAGACACCGUUUGAGGAUAAGGAAGAAAGCGGAAAGAAAUCGGACGAGGAAUGCGAUCGGGCGGACGACAGCGAGCAUGAGGGCGGCGACGAGAGAAUGGAGAGCGUGCCGUCUCCCGUAAACAGAAGCCCGGAGGAUCCCGACAGAGAAGAGGGCGACAGUGGAAUAGAUGCGAACAGCCAGGGUAGUUGUAGCAGCAACGAUGUGAAGGCGAGAGAGAAAAAGAAAGAGAAGAAGAAAAAGAAGAACAAUAGUCCUAGUAACAACGAUAAGGAUACGUCCCCCCAGCGUUCGUCCAAGACCCUCCUUUCACAAAACACCAAUUUAUCUCAAAACACAGCGACAUCGACCAAGUCUCAGAAUAACACUACGGAGAAGCGAAUUAUGACUAAUGUUACCAGCGCAGUACCGGUAUCAACAACCUCAGUUACAACUACUAGGACAUCCACCGUCCUCAGUUCCGAUCGAAAAUUGAAAGGUUUGGUUUUUGAAGCAUCCUCUUUGAGGCAUCCUGCUGAAAGAGAAGAUUUUGAAGCGACCGGUAAUGAGACUUAUGUUCCUGGCAAAGGAAAGAAGUCUUAUAAUAAUCAAUACGAUGGAGAUGCUUUAAAUACGUCGGCGAAAGCGAGUAACACUAGCCCCAAGCAAAGCGGAAAACGCGAGGAAGGAUGGAAGGAAGUUGUGCGAAAGGGACAGUCUGAUGAUUCCGGAAGAUUUAUGAAUUCACCAUACCGUUCUAAAAAAGUAUCCGUUCCCCCAAAUGCUAUCAGCCGAGUGAUAGGUAGAGGAGGCAGUAAUAUAAAUGCUAUUCGUGUUUCAACGGGCGCGCAUAUCGAAGUAGAAAAGCAAAGUAAAUGCCAAGUGGAAAGAAUCAUCACAAUUAAAGGAUCAACUGAAGCUACAAAGAACGCUUAUCAUUUGAUAUCAGGGCUUAUUAGGGAUCCAGAGGCAGAUGUCUCGCAGAUGCUUGCGAAAUCCAAGCUCAAUACAACAACCUCUUCGUGGGACAAGUCUGUUCCCAAUGUUACUACAAGUAAAACGAAAAUUGGUGGAUCCGUUAAUAAAGCACCUAAUCUGGCAUCCAGUACAACCAGUAGCCAAAUUAAUAAAUCAGGAUAUUCUUCCGGAGCGUCCAUUAUUAAUCCAUUGGUUCCUAUUCGCUCAUCGUCCAGUGUGAAACUCACUGGUGCUUUCCCUACUUCUUUGCCACGUGCGACGGCGCCUAGACUCAUGGCCGCAGCUGAGAAACGUGCCGCGCAAGCCGCAGCCGCCCAAAUGGCGUCCUCGUCUAACACAAAGACGACAAUGUCGUAUACGAGUGCGAUUAUGACCGCCGGUAGGGCAGGGACAAAGAUUGUCACCACUAGCACGACGCAGACAUUUGCGGCGAAGCUAUCCGAGAUCACUGCCUCGACUCACAGUUCUACCACCGUCAUGCAGUCGACUCACACCGCACCGGUGAUCAAACAACAAAAGCCCAUGGCGCAAGCCGCGACUGUGACUAUUAUGUCAGCCACAUCUGCGGCAACCGCUCACACAACCAGCCAACAACAACAGUCCGUAAUCAGUACAUCGCCGAAGCACUGCCGAUCACUGCCCAUUAUAUCCGCCCCGUCGGCAAUAGCAUCUCACUAUCCCGGGAAAUCGAGUUACCCACUUGGAACGAUCGCGAUUUCACCGUCAUCGACCACGAACGCCGUGGUAACGACAAACUGUCCGGAAAAUUCACUUGUCUCAACGUCAGCCAGUUCCGUUCGAGUGACACCCUCGCCGCCAAUUGUACCGUUGCAAGCGCAAACGUUGCCGCCGCCGCCACCAACGGUACAGCAGCAGCAACAGCAGCAGCAAUCGAUGCAGCAACAGCAAUCGCAGCAGGGUAUUCGCAGCACUACGCCGGUCGUGACUCAGGAACAUCAACAGCAGCAGCAACAGCAGCAGCAGCAAUCUAGCAACACGCCUCAGGAGUACUCGUUGUUCAAUGAUACUUUUACUAAAGUCACGCAACAGUCAAUGUGGGGAGGAAGAGAAAACGAAACUCAAAAAGGCAUGAAUUUUGCGACUGUUGCGGGCGGUGGUGUAUCAUCAAACACGAGCUCCGGUCCAUCUACGGCUAAGUUUGACAGUUCCCCACCGCAGGUAGACGCAUCUAAGGCUCCGGGGUACCGCGGUACAGCCAUGUGCUCCCCAGUUUCCAGUAAGCCGGGUAACACGAGCAACGCGUCGACCAACGUAAUUGGCAGCGUGGUAACGGGCUCCGUACACAACAAUCCUAUGCAGCCCGCGCAGUUUCAGUCUUCGACGAGCUACGGCGAGCAUCCUCCCAUACCGAACAAGCCGCCCGGUAGUCUAGCGGUGGCUAGACCAGUAAUACCCCCACAGAGCAUCGAUAUGGGAACGGGCAUGGCGGCGCAGUUUAACAGGCCGGCGGUCUUCCAGGGUGAUCUGACAACGCGGAACGCGACGACGCACCAGCCGGCGGCGCACGUGAUACCGUCCACGUCGCAACCGGCACUGGACGUCGGUCUCUUCAAGGCGGCGAACAGCAGCGGCGGCAGUUACGAACAUCCGAACGUAAACUCUAACCUGUUGAAAAUGAUACCGAACGAUACACAGAGUGGUGCCGGCCAUUCUAUGCUACCGUUUCACCCUCAUAUGCAGAGUUACGCUCAGACUAUCGCACCGUCCGCCUCUGUGAUCAACACCACCGUCAGCAUGUCAAGAUUGAACCCGCGCGCCCCCGAUUUCUCCAGCUCGCUUCACUUGAGCAGUAAGCCGCAGGUGACGAUGUUCAAUGCCGCCGCCGGAUCUGCGGGACUGCAUCCGGCUAAUAUGUUCGCCGCUCCCGUGCCGGCGCAACCGCCUUCCGCGAUACAAUCCAACAAUCUGGGGAUGAUGAGCAACUAUCCGCUGGGAAAGUAUCAGGCGCCCUCGCGGGCAACGCCAGCAGCGAACACCGGCAUCUCGACAACUGCUCAGACGACCCGCUGGUCUUACGCCACGCCGGCGCCGCAUACCAACUACCCGCCGCAUCAGGAUCCCAUGAUCAGCCAAAUGGGGUUCUCCAAUCAGCUGGCGAACAUCAGCGGCCAACCCGGCGGUGGUAUCGAUCUGAUUACGAGUCUGGAGAACGGUGGCUCGCCGGCUAUAUCUCCCUCGUCACCGGCGCAGGUCGCCCAGGAGAUGAAUCAAUUGAAGAUUGAGGACCGCAAAGUACCACGACCGAUUGGUACCGAAAGGGCAACGUGGAAGAAUUACUCGGCAGCGGGGAUGGGUCCGGGCGGAGACGCCGAUUCUUCUAUCAAUUGGAUGCUCAACGCUGAUAAGCUAGCAUGGUCGAAUUGCAAUCUGGCGCCCGGUAUCGACAGGCAUCAGAUGUUUCGAUCGAACCCCACUUACAACCCACGUAUAUCCAACGUCGAUCCUGAGAUCCAUCAGAUGAUGGAAUCUUCCUUCCAGGGUCAUGUGAAUACGCAACAACCUUUCCCGACUAACGGAAAUGCGCCAUUGUCACUCAUGCCAAUGGCGUUAAUAGCGGGACAGUAUGGAGCAUCCGAAAUGACAGAAAUCCCGCCGAACGAGCAGAAUAAGAUAGAUCCACCUGCAUGGGGAAUGCCCGACGCUGUACAAGACAAGCAACAUCCGGCGUGGAAUAAAUGGACCCAUUAAGGGGAGAGAAGAUCGUCGUUCGUGCUGGCACAGCUUCAACCUCUAAAUAUAACAUAUUUUCAUAUUUUGGAUCUGACGAUGAGAAUUGAAAAAGAUAGUAAUAGCAAUAGUCUGGACUGGAUCAAUUAUUUGUAGGCACAUAAAUUAUAUUACGAUCUUAUUAUAUUCAUUCAAACCCAGAUUCUUAAUAUUACUUGUCACACUAGAGGAUAAGACGACAAAUCCUUAAUUACUCAACUUAUUGCUAUCACUAAUAUAUCUCCCGAGUUAAUUGCAGAGUAUAAGAAGUGUUCAAGAGCGAGAGGAAGGGAAAACGGAGUCAGUGUCGGUUAAGGAAAGCCUAUAUCCUACGUUGUAGGAUAAAUGACGGCGUAAUUAUAAUGGCAUAAUUACCUCGGAUCUGUGUCAUCAUUUCCUUGACCGCACGGACUGUCGUAAGCUCCGUUAUCAAUUAUCGUUAAGCAGGGACAUGCCAAUCACCAAUAAUCUUCUUCUUCUUUUCCUUCAAGAAGAAGAAGACCAAUAAUCGAAUGCUAAUAAUAAUGAAUUAUGUCUCUUCUAUUGUCGAAGAUCUGAAUUCGCGAUAUUCGAGACAUCGCGAAAUAUAUUCGCCAGAUCCAUCACGAUAAUCUAGACACGCGUGAAAUUUACGCUUUGUAUCGGCAUCGCGGCGAUCAUGAACGUUCAAAAUUUCGCCUGAGUUAAAUUCGCAUUAUUGUGAAACAGAUUCGUGGUGAUGGGAACAUUUCGAAGCCAAAUGUUCGUCAGGUCGAUCGCGACGAUCCGGUCAUACACGCGUUAUGACGUUUCGAUAUAGUCGCCACUACAGUCUCUGUAGCAGCGAUGAUGAACAUUUAAGAAAGUCGUGUCGGAGACAAAUGCGAUAAAGCUCUCGCUUCGGAUCACUAUUGAUUUUAAAUCACGAGCCGCUUACGUUGAGGACAGCAGCUGUGCUCUUGGCACCAUAUCGAACGAUAUAGGGCGGUGAAUAUUUUCGUGUUUACUAUUUAGAGCGCUGUAAAGAAAUGCUGUAAUCCUACGAGCAUGAUACAAUUGUGUAAAUAAUUGCUUCGCAAAACGGGUGAUUCUGAGAACUUCCAUGCUGCAAAUUGAGAGAACCGGGGAAGACGGUCCGGAUGAGGAAAAAAACCCGAAAAGGAGGGAUGUAAGGGGGAUCUUGGGGGAACCAUUGGCUUCACCGAACACCUGGGUACAUAAUUACUCUUCUUCCACUCUUGCACCUACGCUUGAAUUCGUCACUGUCACUCCGAGUCUGACUGUCGCUUUUAAACUGUAUCCCAGAACAGAUAAUGUAGUGAUUAGGGAGAAAAAAAAAGACAAAGAGGAGGAGCGUUCCUUCCUGUAGAUUCUCGAGCGUCGAUUAUGUCUGAUCGCGCUUGAAGAGCGUCCGUUGUUUCGCGUUAGACGAACAACUGUAUAGAUUUCCCAUCGACGAGAGUGUACGUUGGUGUUGCGUCAUUAAAUCGAUCGAAGAUAAUACGAACAAAAAUACGAUAACGACGUUGUUCCGACCGAUUAGCCGAUCGAAUCGAGGUUUUCGUUGUCCAGCCGGUUCCGGUACAUUUAUAAUCUUUGCGUUUUGUCUCGUAGACGUCAAUCCUUCAAUCGGGGGCUAACGAUCGCCGAUAGCACGAGAUCGUGCUCUCUGUUUUCCAGGCAGAUCCCACCGGACACAAGAUUGUCACGAUCGUAGCGAAUUUUUAUCGAGCUCACCCACAACACACAGAACACGCAGAACACUUAUGAAAAUUCUAUUACGUACCGUACACACGCGUAAAUGACCAGGUUCUCGGGGGAAAAAAAAUGAAACUCGAAUUUACGUAAGCGUUAACAGGAAAUGUGUCACGAAAUCGAGAUACGCAAUGUAACUAAUAAUAUAUUAUAUAUACCGAAUCCUAUUCAGAUCAAUGAAUACAGUUUCAUUGUAAAAGUGGUAGUGGGCCGCCAAACGCAUGAGGAUGUAGCCGUGCGUCUCUAGUGCGACAGUGCUAUUAUAAUAUUAUUAUUGCUGUGGUGGUGUAAUAAUGUUUAUUAUUAUAUUAUGGUUAUUAUUACACGCAAAACGUAACUAUAGGAAAGAAAGAGAGAAAAAAGAAAAAAAAACAGGUACAUAGAAAGAGAGAGAGAGAGAGAAAGAAAGGUCACCCCUGCUAUCUCGGCUGGACUUAGUAAUGAUAUAAUAAUAUUAUAGAGAUACACACAACACACACAUAUACACACACACACAUACACACUCGGAUAUAUGAAAUGUUCAUUUCGAUUGAACAUUUGAAAAUCUUUCUUGGUGGGGAUUUCGGCAAGUGUUCAAUACAUAGCGACGAUAUACUAUAAUUGAAACGGUCCCCACACACGCGCGUAAUGAGAUGAUGAUAAUGUGAGGGAUAAUGAUGAUAAAUGAUAUGAAGCUCAUGGAAAUCGUACGAGGGCUUUUUGACCUAUAUUCCAGGGAGCGCUUCAAUUAUUCUCUAAGGAUAUAUUGUUAUAAUUUAAAGCCUAUUUUCAAAUUUGAUUUAUGAUAACUGCGAUAUAUGAUAUAAAACUAUUAUAUGACAUAUAACAAUAAAGCAAAUAAAUAAAUAUAA